CUCUAAUAAAUCAAGCAUAUCUAUAUGUUCUCAAAGGAGACAGUAAACAUAAACCCCAAACCUUUCUCAUGUUCGGAAUGUGGAAAAUGUUUUGUCACCACUGCAGAGUUUGUCAGUCAUCAGAGAACUCACACAGGAGAGAAACCGUUCUCGUGUUCUGUAUGUGGAAAUAGUUUUAGUCAACAUGCAAAACUUGUUAGACAUCAGAGAACUCACACAGGAGAGAAGCCCUUCUCAUGUUCUGAAUGUGGAAAAUGUUUUGUUACUAAAGCAGAACUUCUCCGUCAUCAGAGAACUCACUCAGGAGAGAAACCUUUCUCAUGUUCGGAAUGUGGGAAAAGUUUCAUCAGCAAAGCACACAUAGUCCGUCAUCAGAGAAUUCACACAGGAGAGAAGCCAUUCUCAUGUUCUGAAUGUGGAAGAACAUUUUUCACCUACCCAGAGCUUGUCCGUCAUCAGAGAACUCACACAGGAGAGAAACCAUUCUCAUGUUCUGAAUGUGAAAAAUGUUUUCUCACUAAAGCAAAUCUUCUCCGUCAUCAGAGAACUCAUUCAGGAGAGAAACCUUUCUCAUGUUCGGAAUGUGGGAAAAGUUUCAUCACCAAAACUGAGAUUGUCCGUCAUCAGAGAACUCACACAGGAGAGAGGCCAUUCUCAUGUUCUGAAUGUGAAAAAUGUUUUUUCACUAACAAGGAGCUUGUCCGUCAUCAGAGAACUCACACAGGAGAGAAACCAUUCUCAUGUUCUGAAUGUGAAAAAUGUUUUCUUACUAAAGCAGAACUUCUCCGUCAUCAUAGAACUCAUUCAGGAGAGAAACCUUUCUCAUGUUCGGAAUGUAGUAAAAGUUUCAUCACCAAAGCAGCGAUUGUCCGUCAUCAGAGAACUCACACAGGAGAGAAGCCAUUCUCAUGUUCUGAAUGUGGGAAUACAUUUUUCACCUACGCAGAGCUUGACCGUCAUCAGAGAACUCACACAGGAGAGAAACUGUUCUCUUGUUCUGAAUGCGGAAAAUGUUUUGGAUACCGUUCAAAUCUUGUUACGCAUCAGAGAACUCACACAGGAGAGAAACCAUUCUCAUGUUCUGAAUGCGGAAAAUGUUUUGUUCAACAUUCAGACCUUGUCAGUCAUCAGAGAACUCACACAGGAGAGAAGCCCUUCUCAUGUUCUGAAUGUGGAAAAUGUUUUGGGCGACAUUCAGAAUGUGUCAAUCAUCAGAGAACUCACACAGGAGAGAAGCCCUUCUCAUGUUCUGAAUGUGGAAAAUGUUUUGGGCGACAUUCAAAUCUUGUUACACAUCAGAGAAUUCACACAGGAGAGAAACCAUUCUCAUGUUCUGAAUGCGGAAAAUGUUUUGGGCGACAUCCGGAACUUGUCCGUCAUCAGAGAACUCACACAGGAGAGAAGCCCUUUUCAUGUUCUGAAUGUGGAAAAUGUUUUGGGCGACAUUCAAAUCUUGUUACACAUCAGAGAAUUCACACAGGAGAGAAACCAUUCUCAUGUUCUGAAUGCGGAAAAUGUUUUGGACACCAUUCAAAUUUUGUUAUACAUCAGAGAAUUCACACAGGAGAAAAACUGUUCUCAUGUUCUGAAUGCGGAAAAUGUUUUGUUCAACAUUCAGAACUUGUCAGUCAUCAGAGAACUCACACAGGAGAGAAACUGUUCUCAUGUUCUGAAUGCGGAAAAUGUUUUGGACACCGUUCAAAUCUUGUUACACAUCAGAGAACUCACACAGGAGAGAAACCAUUCUCAUGUUCUGAAUGUGAAAAAUGUUUUGGGCGACAUUCAAAUCUUGUUAAACAUCAGAGAACUCACACCGAGAGAAGCCUUUCUAAUGUAGUAAAUGUGGGGAAUGUUUUGCCAGUAAAUCAGAGCUUUAAAUAAACAAAAGCACUUUGAGGUAAAACCACUAUAAAAUGCACAGCAUCCUGAGUUGAAGGAUAAAAAUAAUAACUUAUGCUUAACAGUAUCAGGCAAUGUGCACUAGUACAGGAAUACGGUUUCUAAAAGGAAAUAGAUAAAACGUACAUAGUGUAAUCUAUUACAAUACAAUGUACAAUGGGUGUGUUUAUGGUUUCACUCACAAGUAUGGAGCCGUGCCAGGCUCUAUGUAAAUAGCCUCAGGGUGCCAGUACUGGCUUCGGUAGGUGUCCACAGGCAAGACAGGCAGAAGAAAUUUUAAAAAUGAAUUUAUUGGAAAAUGAAAAGUUGGACAAAUAAAAAGCAGUGUGUAAUGCUCAAAUAAAUAUACACUACCGCAAAAUGUCCUUGUAAUAAAGCAAUAAAAAAUUACACCA